AUGGCUUCAAUUUCGGCGAAUAACCUCGUGCCCGCGCAGCCUCAAAGGCCCGCUCCACAGCAGAACCCCCAACAGGCGUCUGCGCCCCCGGUGACUCCAUCGCCCGCAACGGCCCGAGAGAAGGCUCGUGUCACUGUUCUGCUCGAUAUCAAUUCAAUGUUGUUGCAAGAGGUCGUGAAUUUGCAGGCAGCAGGCAAGGCCGGUGGUCCUCCAGCUCAGCCGCAGGACUCAAACCCGCCGUCGGAUCAGAACCCCGACACCGCAAAGGGGCCAACCCAGAAGCCCAGUCAGGAAUACAUCGAUUGUAUGCGCCGACUGCAGGCCAAUCUGGCAUACCUGGCAACUAUCGCCGACCGCGCCAAGAAAUCUGGAGGAGUGCCUCCUACAGCACCAAGUAUCAUGACGCCGCCCCCACACAUGCCGUCCAUGAACGAAAUGUAUAAGAAGCUCGCUGAGCUGUUCCCACGCACGGCGCCAGGCACCACUGGAACGCCCCAGCCAAGUCCUCAGGGCAAUGGAAAGCCCAGCCCCUCUCCAGCUACUGAGACCGUCGUCUGA